AUGGUUAAACUAAACUCUAAAACUUUGCUUUCGGCUGCUCUAGUAGCUCAAUCCGUUGUAGGUGAAGCAUGCAACCCAAUGACUUCCACAAACUGUCCUGCUGACACUGCUCUAUCUGGAAGCUUCUCUGAAGACUUCCAUACUGAAUCUAAAUGGUUCAAGAGUAUUGGUAACCCAGGUAACAUCACAUACGGUAGCGAUGGUCUAACAUUGACACUAGAAAAGAGACUGGAUAACCCAAGUCUUCACUCUACAUUCUACAUCAUGUACGGUAAAGUGGAAGCUAUUGCCCAAGCCGCUCCAGGUCAAGGUAUGAUCUCAUCUGUCUUCUUACAAAGUGACGAUCUAGAUGAAAUCGAUAUCGAAUGGACUGGUGGUGACACUACUCAAGUGCAAUCCAACUAUUUCUCAAAGGGUCAAACUACAACUUACGACAGGGGUGAAUUUCAUCCAGUCGACAGUCCACAAACUACUUACCACAAUUAUACAGUCGAUUGGACUAAAGAUGCUGUUACAUGGUAUAUUGAUGGUGUAUCCGUCAGAGUCCUACCAAGUGACGCUCCAGAAGGUUUCCCAGAAUCUCCAAUGGCUCUAAAUAUCGGUAUUUGGGCUGGUGGUGACUCUGGUAACGCUCCAGGUACCAUUGAAUGGGCCGGUGGGUUGACCGAUUAUUCUCAAGCUCCAUUCUCCAUGGGUGUCAAGCAAAUUAUCGUUACCGAUUACUCUUCUGGUUCUGAAUACACAUAUGGUGACCAAUCUGGUUCUGCUGACUCCAUUAAAGCUAAGGAUGGAUCCGUUAAUGGUAGAUAUGAUCAAGCUCAAGUUGAAUUUGCUGCUUUAGUCGAUGGUCAAUCUGUCUCUGAACCUUCUGUCAGCGCCAAUCAAUCUUCAACAAUCUCUGCCGUUUCUUCCACUGUCUCUGUUGCUUCUUCUACAUCUUCUGUCGUGGUUUCUUCAUCUUCUGCAACUAAUACAACUUCUACAUCUACUUCCACUUCUUCAAAGAAGACUUCCACCUCUACUUCCACCACCAAGACUGCUGCUCCAACCACCACAACCACCUCAUCUGCUAAACCAACCACCACAUCUAAAUCAUCUACCAAGCCAACUACAACUGAAGCUCCAAAACCAUCCACUACAUCUACUGCUCCAUCUAGUUCCACUUUGGUUACUAAGGAGCAUGUAUCAUCUACCGCAUCUUCAUCUGCUACAGUUCAAAUUGCCCAAUCUAAUGGUGCUUCUAAAUCCUUUGCCAGUUGGACUAUGUUAUUCACCUUGAUUAUCUCUUUGUUUUAA